AUGGUAUCCGUACAGUACUUCAACGACACACUCUUUUCAGUACGAGGGUACUUGGCCCGAGGGUGGCGGCAACCUGCGAUUACAGGACUAGAACAACAGGCCCAGGAGCCCGGAUUCCCUGUGUGUCCUCGAUCGGCAAACAAAGGAAUCUCAGGCAAUAGAUGCACCGCACAACGUAUUCGUACGGAACGAGAUACACAGGAAGCAAGAUGCGGCUACCACGACGACUUACCUGCCUUGUCUGGAAUGUGGACGGACGGCGUGUUCAAGCAAGAGGUCCGCCUGAAAUGCCAGCUCGGGAGGCCACCUCGCGACCACAUCACCGUAUUUCACUUGGGUAUGACGUCCGAGUCUCUUGAUUACCUGAGGCACGCGAUCUCUCGCCUUCCCUCGCCUUGCGAAAGACCUCUGUGGCGUGUACGAGGACGCGAAGGCUCUGAACGGGCCACGGACGACACCCACAAGUCACAGGUGCCUUAUGCAGACCUGUGGAGAGGUACACACGGACACUGGACUGAAAAGAACGGGCCAAGAAUUCGGAUUGGGAUGGCUUCCACAGGUUCUUACAGAAGGCGGAGAGAAGUUGGAAGGGCGGCGAUGGCUACAAGUGACCUUAGUCGGGCAUGGCAGGGCAUGGCAUGGCAGCACGGCCAGGCCUACGCUUGCAUCUGCACUGACAUCGGUCAUUCUCAGCUCGCUGCUGGGGAUUUUGGGCUCUUUUGCGGGAUCCGACGCACAGCCCUGAUCUUGUACGGCGGUCCCUACUAUAAUUUCUGGGGACCUUUUUUCGCCCUCCGUCAGUCUCUUCGCAAGUUUUUCGCCGCCGCCGCGCCGCCGUCGCUUUCGCUCGCUCGCUUCAUGCAGAAGCGCAUGCGCUGCGCAGCGCAGCUCGGCACGUAG